CUCCAUUUUUCUUUUCUCACUCCUAAAUCCACAUGCAUAUGUUCUUUUUCCCUUUUGCAAAAUUAUUAUAGAGCCCUCUUUUUGUCUCAUAGUGAAGUAUUACUCAAUCUUGAUCAAUUCAGUUAGAUCUCUAGAAAAAAAAUGGUAAUUCAUCUCAUGGGUUGUUUGAACUUGGUAUAUCUUUCCAACUCAUUUGGGUUGUAGAUAAGUGGGUUUUGUUCAAGAUAAGAUGGGAGAGACUACUGCUUCAAAUUCUGCUUUGCAAGUGUCUGUUUCUUUUGGUAGAUUUGAGAAUGAUUCUUUGUCAUGGGAGAGAUGGUCUUCUUUUUCUCCAAAUAAGUACUUGGAAGAAGUUGAGAAGUGUGCCACACCUGGAUCAGUAGCACAGAAGAAAGCUUACUUUGAAGCUCAUUACAAGAAGAUUGCUGCUCGGAAAGCCGAAUUGUUGGCUCAAGAGAAGGAAAUUCAGAAGGAUUCUUUCAGAUCAGAAGAUCAAAAUGGUAUAGAUCUGAGUAGUAACGGCAAAGAUAACACUUGUGAGACUGAUUCAGAAUUCAGUAUAUCUAAAGUUCAAGGUCAUACUAAGGAACGCGUUAAGCAAGAAAUCGGAAUCAGCCCGGUUGGUGAAACCAGCCAGAGUCGAGUGGGUGAUUUGAAGGAGGAGGUUGCGGUUAAUACAGAUUAUCAAAGUUCACCGGUUGAGGUGGUCUCUAACAAAGAGGAAGAAAGUGGAUCACAUGGUUCCUACAAGAUAGAUGAGCCUAAAGAAGAUGUGUGUAUAAAACUAGAAGAAACUCUCGACGUUGUUGAAGCCGAAGAUGUGAAAGAAAUCUCACAUGUUGUAUACAAGGAAACAGAAAAGGCUACACAAGUUGAAGAAAAAGUUGUGAAAUUGGAUCAUCCAAAUGAAUCUAAGGUUAUCUCUGUCAACAGGGAAAAUAAUGUAGCCAAAACAAAGAAGAAACCGGUGCAACCAAAAUCUAAGGCAUCUCAAAUUUCGACGCCAAGAAGUUCAAAGCCGACAUCAAAUCCAACUAAAACUUCGACGUCUGCCUCUUCAACUAAAAAAGGAAAUUCGUCAUCUUUACCUAAGAGACGGAUUACUUCCAGUAUGGAGAACAAAAAAGUUGCUAACCGAUCUUUGCACAUGUCUAUGAGCUUAGGUUCCGAUCCAGUUCCUCAUACCGCUAUGAGGAAAUCUCUCAACAUGGAGAGCAUGGGGGAUAAGGAUAAGGACAUAGUCAAACCAGUUCCUCCUACCACUAUGAGGAAAUCUCUCAUCAUGGAGAGUAUGGGAGAUAAGGACAUAGUCAAACGAGCAUUUAAGACAUUCCAGAACGGUUUCAACCAGCUGAAAACUUCCGGCGAAGUAGACAGAUCUUUAGUAAAAAAACAGGUUCCUUCAAGGGGGACUGCGUCAAAGGUUUCAACAUCUACAACUUCGCGUAAAGAAAAUGGACGGCCAACUACGGUUGAGAGGAUGGAUAAAAGAAGUGGAAAUGCUUCACGAACUUUGGGCCCAAAAAGUGACACUAAAACAGAGAAAGGGAAAGAGUCCUCAAGAAAAAUAGAGGAAAAACAUAAUGCAAAUGAGGUACAAAGAACACGUCUCCAAACAAAAUUGAAGGAGGAAAAAGAGGCAGAAAUGAAAAAGCUAAAACAUGAUUUCAAGGCCACACCCCUACCAACUUUUAAUCGUGGUCAAAAAGCAUCAAAAAGUCGCACAGAAAAGGGUGAUGCUAAAACUGAGAACCGUCGGUAGCUGCACAAAUGGUGAAGGUAAAGAGAGGAGUAAAGAAAUAGAAGCUAAAUACAUCAGUGUGUAUGGUAGUAGUAUGUGUUCAGGGAAAAUGUCAAUGGAGACAAUACAGCACUAUAUGAUAUUCUAGUUUAGUAAGCAACAGUGGAGCAAUGUUCUUCUAGUUAAAUAGUAGGAGCUUAAUCAUGAACAUGGUGAGGAGUAGGAGGAAGGAGUAUGCAUCAUUUAUUGAUGACAAAUUUCCUCUUCAUGCCUUUCUAUGAAAUUCGAACUAGAAAUGUUAUUGUAUGAUAUCCGUAAUAAUGUUGAAAAAUGCAUAUAUUUUCUUGCAA